GCUUUGAAUUUUUUGUGCAUGAAGGUUUUUCCGCAGCGGUUUUCUCGUUUUUCCCAAUUUUCUGAGAGUUUUUCUGUGCUCCAGGGAAAAUGUCGUCGAAACCGAUGCCAAAGCGAGUGAAAGACUUACCGCCGAUUGACUUUGAUUCGGAUAAUUCGUCAGAGAGCGAAGAAAAAAGUAUCACAGAGAUUCUUCAGACUAUAGUGGAUCAGAGGGGUCAUCAGAGGAGAAAUACUUUGAUGCCAAAGAGAGUGCAAGAAUUGUCUCCGAUUGAAUCGGAUUCUGCUGAGAAUUCCGGUAAGGGUGUUGAUAUCGUGCCUGAGAAUUGUGCAGGAGAUCUCGAGAACACCCUUCCGUGCAUUGCAACACCGGCUCCGAAGAAAUGUCCAGAACGAGAGGAAAAAGUUAUUCUAAGUGUGGAUUAUAAGAAACAUCUCAAGGAGAAUAAUAGGAACUUGGCUAAUUUGAGUAUCAAAACAUGCCAGAAAUCCUCCUCAGAAUCCUCCAAAAGCAGCACAUUGGAGAUGAAAUCAAGCAAUAGCGUCCCCAAUAAAGUGCCCGAUGCUAAAUCUUCCCACAAAGUUGUUAAGAUCAAUGGGAAAGACUACAACGUGAUAAGGAAAUUGGGCCAUGGAGGAAGCAGUGUUGUCUACUUGGCAGAAACAAUGGAUUGCCAGGAAUGUGCCCUAAAAGUUGUACGGCUCAAUGGGGAUGAAAAUGCACUGUGUGACAAUAUGAAUGAAAUCAAAUUGCUGAGGAAAUUGCAAGGAACUUCCAUUGUGAAAUUAUUUGACCAUUUCUACUCACGGGAAGACUCAAUUCUGUACAUUGUGAUGGAGAAGGGAGAACGAGACUUGAGUGCAAUCCUCAAGGAGUUCACAAACAACUUGCCCGUCUACACAAUAAUGGAUUUCUGGUAUCAGAUGCUCAAGUGUGUCGAGUACAUUCACAAAUGCGGCGUAAUUCACUGUGAUAUAAAGCCUGCGAACUUUCUCAUGAUCAAUGGGAAGCUGAAACUCAUUGAUUUUGGCAUUGCCAGUAAUAUUUCGCUGGAUUCUACCAGCAUCAUCAAGCACACCCAAGCAGGAACUUACAACUAUAUUAGCCCUGAAGCCUUGAUUGAUAUAUCAACGGAUGAGGAGGGCAGUCUACCCAAUACUCCCAAAAUCAAAAUUUCCCCAAAGACUGAUGUUUGGUCUCUGGGAUGUAUCUUCUUCCAGUUUAUGUACAAAACAACACCCUUUGGCAGUAUCAAGAAUUCCAUCAACAAAAUCAUGGCUAUUUGCAAUCCCAACACUUCCAUCGACUAUCCACCACUUCCAUCUGUCUAUCCCAGCAUGUUUCUCGAAAUUGCCCAAAAGUGUCUCAAACACAAUCCCAAGGAGAGGAUUUCUAUAAAAGACCUUCUCGAGUAUCCUUUCGAUAUGUUCAUACCAUCGAAAAAAAUGGCUAAGGCUCCAGCUGUUGGUAUCGAUCUGGGCACCACGUACUCCUGCGUGGGUGUUUUCCAGCAUGGAAAAGUGGAAAUCAUCGCCAAUGAUCAGGGCAACCGCACCACGCCAUCCUAUGUGGCAUUCACAGAGACUGAGCGUCUCAUUGGUGAUGCCGCCAAAAACCAAGUGGCCAUGAAUCCGACAAACACCAUCUUUGAUGCUAAGCGUUUGAUUGGACGCAAAUUCGAUGAUCCAGCCAUUCAGGCUGAUAUGAAGCAUUGGCCAUUUGAGGUGGUGAGUGUAGAGGGAAAGCCUAAGAUUCAGGUGUUCUACAAGGAUGAGAAGAAGACAUUCUUCCCGGAGGAGAUCAGUUCGAUGGUGCUGACAAAAAUGAAGGAGACUGCUGAGGCUUAUUUGGGUAAGACGGUGACUAAUGCUGUUAUCACCGUUCCGGCCUAUUUCAAUGAUUCCCAGCGUCAGGCUACAAAGGAUGCUGGUACCAUUUCUGGUCUCAAUGUACUGCGUAUCAUCAAUGAACCAACUGCAGCUGCUAUUGCAUAUGGGUUGGACAAGAAGGCCAGUGGGGAGAGGAAUGUGUUGAUUUUUGAUUUGGGCGGUGGUACUUUUGAUGUGUCCAUUCUCAGUAUUGAUGAUGGUAUCUUUGAGGUGAAAUCCACAGCCGGGGAUACCCAUUUGGGCGGUGAAGACUUUGACAAUCGCUUGGUCAAUCACUUUGUGCAGGAAUUCAAGCGUAAGCACAAGAAGGAUCUCACCAGUAACAAGCGUGCUCUGCGUCGUCUGAGGACAGCAUGUGAACGUGCAAAGAGAACACUGUCAUCAUCAACUCAGGCUAACAUUGAGAUUGAUUCACUGUUUGAGGGUACGGACUUUUAUACCUCCAUCACACGUGCUCGUUUCGAGGAGCUCAAUGCUGAUCUGUUCCGUUCGACAAUGGAACCGGUGGAGAAGGCUAUUCGUGAUGCCAAGAUGGACAAGAGUACAAUCCAUGAUAUUGUGUUGGUUGGUGGUUCAACGCGUAUUCCCAAGGUACAGAAGCUUCUUCAGGACUUCUUCAAUGGCAAAGAUCUCAAUAAGAGUAUCAAUCCCGAUGAGGCUGUUGCCUAUGGGGCAGCUGUUCAGGCAGCUAUUCUCCAUGGUGAUAAGUCAGAGGAGGUGCAGGAUCUUCUGUUGCUCGAUGUGACACCCCUGUCAUUGGGUAUUGAGACAGCUGGUGGUGUCAUGAGUGUCCUCAUCAAGAGGAACACUACCAUUCCCACCAAACAAACCCAAACAUUCACCACAUACUCGGACAAUCAGCCAGGUGUGUUGAUUCAGGUGUACGAAGGUGAACGUGCCAUGACCAAGGAUAACAAUCUCCUUGGUAAAUUUGAGCUGUCUGGAAUUCCACCGGCUCCACGUGGAGUGCCUCAGAUUGAGGUGACAUUUGAUAUUGAUGCCAAUGGAAUUCUCAAUGUGACUGCCCUGGAGAAGUCAACCAAUAAGGAGAAUAAGAUCACCAUUACCAAUGACAAGGGACGACUGAGUAAGGAGGAAAUUGAGAGGAUGGUGAAUGAGGCUGAGAAGUACAGGAGUGAAGAUGAGAAGCAGAGAGAGACAAUUUCUGCCAAGAAUUCUCUCGAAUCCUAUUGUUUCAAUCUCAAGGCAUCCAUGGAGGAUGACAAGGUGAAGGAUAAAAUUAGUGAGGCUGAAAAGAAUACGGUUCUGGAAAAAUGCAAUGAGACAAUUAAAUGGUUGGAUGCCAAUCAAUUGGCCGACAAGGAAGAAUAUGAGCAUAGACAGAAGGAAUUGGAACAAGUUUGCAAUCCCAUCAUGACUAAGAUUUAUGCUGGUGCUGGUGGUGCUCCUGGUGGAAUGCCAGGUGGCUUCCCAGGUGGUUUCCCAGGUGGUGCACCUGGUGGAGCACCUGGAGCUGGUGGUGCAGCUCCUGGUGGUGGCUCUGGACCAACCAUUGAGGAGGUCGACUAAUCUGUUUGCUUAAUCAAAUGCAGCAUCGCCAAUCGAAAACCACUACGUAGAUUUUUGCAUCAUUCUCCUCUCUCUCUCGCUUCAAGGACAACUUUAUGAAAUCUCAAAGCGUCAUUGAAAAUUUUAUCCCAAUUUUUAAUCAUUCAGUGAAUUCUUCAAAUUUGUAAUUUAUUGAAACAAUCUUUUUUUUCUACUCUCAAUGGCGAAGUUUCCUGUUGGAGAAGUGACUUGAAUUUUAGCCACUUCUUUGUAUUAUCCAUUCCAAAGCAUUUUGCAGCAGACGCCGACAA